GAACCCGAGCAAAAUGGAGGCCGCGCCGAGGCCGCCGCCUGGGCCCGGGAAGCCGCUACUGGGAGCGCCGAGCCGCGGUGCCUAAGCCGUGCCAGUCCCGGACCCUGCCCCGGACCGGGCCCAGGUUGGUCACCCCGCACCCACUCCCGGCGGCCGCAGCCUCUUCGAGCGUCGGGCUUCGGCGCGGGGCAGCUGCUCCCCCCACCCUCGGCCCUACCCGGGCCCGGCCGCUCCCCCGCGCCCUGGGGACAGCCCUGGCCCCCUGCCCGCCCUUUGCCGCCCAGGCUGCCUGCCGUCCCCGGUCUCUCGUCCCCUUGGCCUGGAGAAGCUUUUUCUCUAGCCCUGGCCCGCCAAACCUAGGUUCCCCCCCCCUCCCCCGCCUACAUCCAGCCCUGUCUUCUGGAGGACCCUCCCAACCCCCUCGCCCCGUGUUCAGAUCCUGCAGUCCCAGCCCACGAUUCCUCUCUAGCCUCAUCCUGAUUCCUCCACUUCGCCCUCCCUGUUCCAGCCCCUGAUCACCUUCCCUGUCCCCUAGUAUGAGCCCCUUAUAUCCCCUUCUUACCCCUUCAUAGAAGUGCCCACCCCCCUCUCCACAGCCCCUUUCUAGACACCCAAUUCCAGACCUCUUUUUACCCCUAAUACCAGCCCCUAAAUACCCUUCCGAGCUCCCUCUAAAACCUCUCUGCUAAUUCUCCAGCACUCGUCUCCAGCCUCCAUUCCUUCUCCCCACGGCCCACUCUUACUCCGCCAAUAUUAUCCUCCAAACCCCCUCCCCAAAGCCACCAUGACCACUUUCUAGCGCCUCCCUUCCAGCUCCCAUAUUCUCAUCCCAGCGCCCCCCAACACUCACAUGGUUCUUCCUAAGUCCCCCAAUUGGAGAUCUUUGCCAGUGCUCCCCACCCGACACCUCCCCAAUACUCUCAUGACCCCCUCUUAGCCCCUCCUUACCAGCCCCCAGGUCCUCUCAGCUCCGCCUCAGGCCCCGCCCUCGCGGGUUCCUGGGCUUAGGGCCCCUUCUCGCCUGCGUCCUCAGCUCCUGCUCGGCAGCCCGGCGGUCGGUCCCGGGCCGGCGGCCCCCGCCAGCCGCCGCCGCCGGCCCCGCCCCCGGGCACCAUGCUGCCCUCGCAGGAGGCCUCCAAGCUCUAUCACGAGCACUACAUGCGGAACUCGCGGGCCAUCGGCGUGCUAUGGGCCAUCUUCACCAUUUGCUUCGCCAUCAUCAACGUGGUGGUCUUCAUCCAGCCCUACUGGGUGGGCGACAGCGUGAGCACCCCCAAGCCUGGCUACUUCGGCCUCUUCCACUACUGUGUGGGCAGCGGGCUGGCGGGCCGAGAGCUCACCUGCCGCGGCUCGUUCACCGACUUCAGCACCAUCCCGUCCGGCGCCUUCAAGGCGGCUGCCUUCUUCGUGCUGCUCUCCAUGGUGCUGAUCCUCGGCUGCAUCACCUGCUUUGCGCUUUUCUUCUUCUGCAACACCGCAACGGUCUACAAGAUCUGCGCCUGGAUGCAGCUCUUGGCAGCUCUGUGCCUCGUGCUAGGCUGCAUGAUCUUCCCCGACGGCUGGGACGCCGAGACAAUCCGGGACAUGUGCGGGGCCAAGACUGGGAAGUACUCUCUGGGGGACUGUUCGGUGCGCUGGGCAUACAUCCUGGCCAUCAUCGGCAUCCUCAACGCCCUCAUCCUCUCCUUCCUUGCCUUCGUGCUGGGCAACCGGCAAACAGACCUGCUGCAGGAGGAACUCAAGCAGGAGAACAAAGAUUUUGUGGGCUCUACAGUAAGCUCCGUGUUGCGGCCAGGAGGUGAUGUCUCUGGAUGGGGAGUUCUCCCCUGUCCCGUCGCUCACUCACAGGGACCCUGAAGGCCAGGACCACAGCCCAGGAAUUGACCUGCCCUCAGCUUGUCUGUCUCCUGCCCUCUCAUCCCUCCAUUCAAGCUCCGAGGGAAGAACCCGGUCUUGGACUGACUUCUCACCUGCUACCCGUCUGCAAGCUCCAGGCUUUGAAGAGAGGUUGGGACUGGGAUGCAGCCUGGGGGAGGGGAGGAGGCCCUGAAGGCCCCAGGAAGGCCUGGUUUUGCACCUCCCUCAACUGGCCGAAGGGAGCUGGCCCCCAGUCCCUGGCCUCCUCCUCCCUUGCAUCCUGGCUGGGGGCCCUGCAGAGUCUCCAGGGGCAGGAAGCACCGUGGUUCUGGUUCCCCAGCCUCCCUCAGUCUGGAGGGCUGCUGCCUGGCUCUGUCCUCCCCUCCUCUGGUCCCCAGCCUCCUGCAGAAACUCAACUAAGACACUGAUCCAGGCAGACCAGACUCUUUCCUACCUUUCUUUUGGCUGGUGAUGGUUCCAUCAUUUCAUCACAGAGCUCCAAGCACCCCCGGCCGCCCUGGGGCCUCUCUUCUCCUGCUCCAGCUGCUCCCAGCUCUCCCACAGGAGUCCGAACUGCACCAAGGGAGAGGCAUAGGGCCUGCUGGUCAGCUGCUGACUGGGGCCCUAUUCAUACAGACGCUGAGCAAAGAUAGGCAGGCUCCGGAGGCAGUGCUGAGAUCCCGUUUUGGUGGCACUUGGCCACUGGGGCUGCAAGUGGCUCAGCUUGGGGUUGGCCUGGCCUUCUCCCUGCUCAGAUGGCUCACCAGUGACAGGACCCUUGACUCUGGCCUGUUUUGUACAGCACAGACUUUGUGGCCCUGUUGUCAGGGUUGGGGGUUGGGGAGGGGGACCCAUGGGUGGGAAUUAGGGGAUGCAUCACCCCUUUGCCCCUUCUCAUGUCCCCCUCCCCCCCGACAUCUGCCAAGAGCAGAGACUGUCUUGCCUCUUUGAUACUUUUCUGCAUAACUUGAACUUGCAGGUCACCUCUGAACAGGGUACCCCCUGUCCCCAUCCCCAGGCCUUGUAACCCUGUCCCCACUUCCUCCUUCUUCCCACCUCUCGCCUUGUGGUCUGCCCAGGGUCUGCAGCCUGAUGGGCAUGCUUAGAGCCAAGGCAUGAGUGAAUGUGUGUGUGUGUGUGUGUGUGUGUGUGUGUGUGUGUGUGUGUAGGUGUGUGUGGGGCAGAUGAUGAGUCUUCUCAUCCCUCUCUAACCCCUGUGGGGGCAUCUCCCCCGCCUGGCAGGGAGCACAGAGGGAGAUUGCAGGUGUUUCUGACCCCUCCUCACUGCCUCGCGGACCUGAUGGUAGAGCUAUCUGGUCUGGGGCAUGGAUGGCCUCUUCCAGCCCCCAGUUCAGUGGCUGAUUGGCUUCAUCUCGUGUGCCUACUUCUGUCUCCAGGUACCCCUCCAGCAGUGGAGGGGGAGCAUGUUGCCAUGUCAUGUCCGCCUGGGAGAAAGGCAGCGAGUGCCAUAUAUUUGCAACCUUGUGUUCAUUUCCACAGGACCUGGACCUGAGAGUUAGGGUUUCCAAGACAGACCCUAGAAAUCCUCUGCCUGAGUCCCCAGCCUGCACUCUAACUGGAAUCAUGUGCUGGGUCCUCAGAGGAUUCCUGAAACCUGGAACUUACGAAGUUCUGACCCUGACCCUCUCUACUCCCUCUUCCUGGGCAAACAGCUACCCCUGUGCUCCAGCCCCAGCACUGUGCUCCUCUCCUAGCCCCACCAGGUCCGGGGCUGAGUGGAAGGGUUGGGGGAGCCUUGUGGUGGGGAGGGAGGAGGGCAAAAGUGAGUCCUCCAAGAUCCAAACCAAAGCCGAAUGUUAGAAGGCAGCAGAGAGAGGAACUCAAAGCAAGUGACUAGAAGUGGGGAGAAGACAGAGAUGGGAGAAAGAGGGAGGUGCAGAGAUAGGGAGAGGAGGGAGGGAGUCUGAGGAGGAGGGGGAGACUGAGGAGGUACAGAGGUGGAGGAAGAGUGAACAGAGAGGGGGUGAUGGAUGGAGCACUGGGGUGGGGGCGGGGAGGUGCCCAGAGCUGGAGGAAGGGGAAGGAGACAAAGGGAGAGGUGAGUUGUGGGAGGCCAGGAGACAGGACUCGGAGGAGGGGGGAGCAGCUGCUGUGUGCCCUCUGCGAGGGGAGAGCCCACUCCCCCAUGGGUGCCUGCUGCCCAAGGGGGCCACAGACCCCUGUGCCCUGGGAGGAAAUUAGAACCUACCUCCUCCGAGGCUGAGGCAUCACAUCAGGAGAACCGAGUCCAGGUGAUCCCGGAGCAGGUUAGUGGAAGAGAGGGAGGGUGGUUUCCAGCUGCUGCUCUGGCUGAGAGAGGGGCAGUUAGGAUAAUCACCCAGGAGCUUGGGGUGAGGGGGGCAGUGUUGGUGGAGCUGGAGGAACACCAAGUACCUUAGGGAAGGGAAAGAGUUUCAAUUGGGGACCAAACCAAAGCCCUGUCUCUGAGGCUUCAGCAGAGGGGGGAAACAGAUGCUUCAGCCAGAGGCCCCAGGUGAGGCUACAGCCAAGCCUAUGGCUCAGACGGCUCUUGGGGGCCAGGAAGCCAUCACAGCACUUUGUGGUUUGCUCUCACCCAUGGCUGGCUUGGCUUUCACCUUUGGGAGGAGACGAAGCAGAGGAGAUGGUCUGUUCCUGACCUGGGCUCGGUCCCUUGGUCCCUGAAAGAGGCUGCACUUUGAGUGGCCCACCGAGGCACUCCUUCCCAAGCCAUGCCUGGACCAGUGGGCUGUGGCACUACUUGGGUCCCUCUGCCUGGUGGGGGACUAUCUCAGGAGAGGCCAAGGCAGCUCCAACAUUUUUUUGUUUUUUUUUGUGGGGGGGGGGAGGUUCUGAGCACCACUUGCUCAAGUCCUUCCAGGUCUUGGAAUGGGAGGACUUUCCUCUUUGGGGACCAGUACCCAUGGAGGAAAACACCAUGGGUAGGAUCAAAUGAUCGAAGGUCUUUUCAGGCCUGGCCUAGCCAAGAAGAGCUUUCAGACUAGGCCAUGGGGAAAACCCCCCGCAGACUUGUCUCACGGUUCUGCUUGUGCACGGGAAUCACUCUUCUCCAGUUUCCAGUGUGAACUGAGAAAGGGAGGCCCUCUCUUUGGAGAAGCUGGGAUCUUCCCAGCACAAGAAACUUCCACAGGCCCCUGCCUGGCUCAGGGCCAGCCUUCGGGUGGGACUGGAGUUUUCUGAGAGGGGAACAAGGGAGCCACAGUCCUUCCCUGAGCUCUGGCCAUGCGAGGGCCGUUGCUGUGUCAUUAGGAUAGCUUGGUGUUGUCUACACCCCAUUAGUAAGUUAUGUCUGAAUGUGUCUGCGCUGUCUGUCGUCCAAUUUGGUAACUGAUUUUGGUCCUCACCCCUUCUGCUGCUGCUGGAUUUGAGCUUCAGUGCAGGUGGAAUGACGUUCAAAUAAAGAAACACUUUAUAUCACCCAUGCUAGCUUCUCCUUCUCUGAGUUGGCCCCCAGGGGAUCAAGAAGGGCUAGAUUCAACUUGACCCUUUGUACCAGGUGUGGCUGCAUAUUACCAGAGCUUACUGGAGGUAGCCAGACCAUGACUGACAUGGCCAGUUUUAUCAGGAACCCCGGAACAUUUCAAUCCUGGCUUCCAUCCUCAAGGACACCUUAUGGCCCAGGGUGGCUGCUGGGGCUCUAGUCACUUUGAUCCACAUUUUGUUUUAAGGAGACUUCUGGAGAUCCCAUAAGACUGAGUAGGCACACAGCACACCUAACUGAAAUGUAGUCUGUUAACAAAUACAAUUGGAGACGUUUCCAAAGAAAGAGGAGAGAAGAGCUGGCAGUCUGCCAGCUCCUGCAUGGGCUUGAAAACAAGGCUCCACCCUUCUCAGCCUGUGUGGCCUUGGACAAAUCCCUUCACCUCUAUUUAAGUCCCCACUGAAUAAGUGGGGAUGAUGACAGUGAUCUCUGGGAAGUUUUAAGGAACCAACGAGGGAAUGCGUGUGAAUUGCUUUGAAGUGUCUGGCACACAGUAACACGACCCAUGUGGGAACUACAAUGAUUAUAAUUUUUGCACUUGGUAAGUGAGCCUUCGUUCAACAUGCUUUGAGAACAUAGUAUUUGCUGAGCGCUUAAAGAACAAAAUCCUUCAAGGUCAGUCUGAUUGGGGAAAUAAACAUAUAAAAACAAUGUGAAAUCUACCUGGUGCAGGGUAUUGUGAGUACCUUGUGUGGCUUGAGGUGGGAUGAGUAGAGCCGGGGAUGGAAGGUUUUGCAGUAGGAUGAACAGGAGGUAGGCAGGCAGGUGCCAGGAAAGCCAUUCAUGAAAGAGUAGGCGGCUUGAGGAAGGAGACUGAGGUGAGAAACAGAAUUGAACCUGUGGAGAAGUAAAAGCAAUUUAGUAAUGCUGAACUGUAAACUGUGAGGUGGGGAGAGUCAGAGAUUAACAUGCAGAGCUUGGCAAAGGCCAGAUGAUGAAAAGGCUUAGAGGCUGUGUACAGCAGUUCGGACCCUUGGGAACCAGGGAAGUGUUUUAAGCCUGAAAAAAAUACAAUUUGAUACGCAUUCCAGAAAGAUCAGUUUUAAUGAAAGGGAAGGCCUGAAGCAGGGUGAUGGCAGUGGUUUUGAGAGAGGUAAGAAAUUUUAUAUUUAGGAAGUAGAAUUGAGGAUAUUUAGUAACUGACCGAUUAUGGGGAUAAGGGAUAGAGUGGCAUCAAGGAGGACAGUUAAAACGUUUUGCUUAGGGGAAAAGAAAAGUUUGCCAGUGUAGCGGGGGAACAAGAUGAACAGUUCAAUUUGAGACAUGCAUAUGGGACAUCCUGGUAGAUUGCCCAGUAGUCAGCUGACUUACAUGGAUUUGGGAGCCCAAGAGAAACACGAACAUGCAUGUAAUGGCUGAAACGUGAAGCGCAGAUGAACUUGUUCAGGGUGACUUGUGUAGUGUGAAGAGAGCAUGGGGCUACGAAUCACUGGAAAACACCAAUGUAUAAAGGUCAGAGGAAUGGCUGUCCAAAAGGAGAGUCGGAGCUACUUAACAGUGAGGACGUGGUGUUAAGGAAACCCAGGACUUGGAACUUAAGGGGAAGUUCAACUGGUCAGGUGGAGCAGAGAAUUAGGGACUGAAAUCUGUGCCCACUAAACUUGGGAACAAAGAGGCCACUGCUGGAUUUGAUAAAAGCAUGUUCAGAGGAGUGUGAGGAGAGCCACACUGAGGCCUGUUAAGGGAGAGAAUGGGAGAUAACUGAGAGGAUCACCUUCUGGAGAAGAGUGGCUAAGAAGGGGAAAGAAAUGACUCCGUUCAUUCAGGAAAUGCUAAGUGUACAUAGUGAACAAGCAGUGGACAAGGAUCAGCAUGUAAUUUAAAGGAGGAAAUGGAAUCCCUUUUUCUUUAAAUAUGGAAGAGUUCUGAAUAUUUGUGGGUCAUAGCCAGUAAGAGUUCAAAGAUUAAGAGAGGUUGCUAAUGGAAGAGGCUAGGAUGUAUAAGGUUUAGUUAGAGAGCUCUUGCCUGAUGGCAUCCAUUUUUCUCAGUGAAGCAGGAGGCAAUAUUCUCUACUGAAAGUCAAGGGAAUGAGCAAGGGGUUUGAGAAGAAUGAUGAAAAUUUGGAACAGCUGUUAAAGGAUCUGUCAAAAGAUAUGAAAGGACUGAUUAGUGACCAUGAAACUAUGGUGGCACCAAGAGAUGGGAGGGUAGACAUGGAAGUAAGACUAUAUAAACUGGAAGGCAGGUGCAAGGUCAGCACAGUCAGAGGUCCACCAUCAGAUAUACGCUGGUUAUGGGAAAAUGGGGCAGACUGACAAUGAAAAUGGAGAAAUUAAGGCAUGUGAAAGAGCUGGACGUUUAGGAGAUUAUAGUUAGAAAGGUAUUUGACCUGAAUAUUCUGAGUAAUUCUUUUUCUUCAGCUCUUAUUUAAUUUUAAUGAUUUUUAUUUUUUCCAUUAUAGCUGAUUUACAGUGUUCUGUCAGUUUUCUGUACAACAAAGUGAUCCAGUCACACACAUAGACAUUC